CCUCCUCCUCAAGUCUUACCCACUCCCCUCCUCCGCUUCCAACGCCGUGAGUGUGACCCCGCCGCCGCUGGACCGUUUUGAUUGGAUUGUUGGUUCUUGCGACGGCAUCAUCUGUAUCAGCCUCUGCUUCGCAGACACCUUUCUCCUAUGGAACCCUUCCAUCAGGACAUUUAUAGAAUCGCCUCGCCACCAUUGGAAGAAACACACCUAGAGGGUGAUGAUAUAGUGCAUUCAUUUGGGUUUGGUUACGAUCAUCUCACCGAAACUUACAAGGUGGUUGCAGUUUUUUUCGAGGAAAAUGAGCUAGAAUCUGAAAUUAUGGUUCAUACUGUGGGUACAGAUUAUUGGAGAAGGAUAGAGGAGGAGUUUCCUGGUUUACCAGAAGAUAACUCGGGAAAAUUCGUGAGUGGAACAAUUAACUGGAUAACAUUUGCGAAUGCUAUGUGGUAUGUUAUUGUUUCUUUUGAUUUGGGGAAGGAGUCCUGUCAUCAACUUUGUCUUCCUGCUGAACUUGAGGAUGGAUUCAUUUUAGGUGUGUUGAGAGAUUGCUUGUGUGUUUUUUCUGAAAAUGACAUGUUUUGUGAUAUUUGGGUCAUGAAGGAGCAUGGAAAUGAAGAGUCUUGGACUAAAUUGUUCAGCAUUUCUCAUGAUCUUGGCCGUAACCCGCCGCUUUAUAUAUCGGAGGAUGAUGAUGAAGUAUUAUUGCCUUCAUUCUCGAAUUUAGUUGUUUGUAACUAUGAAUAUAUAUGUGAUAUGGUGUUUAAGAUUUUUGAUAUUCAAAACAGCCGAGUUUGGAUGCUACCAAAGAUCCUCGACGAGCCAGAGGUCUACGCUGAGAGUUUGAUAUCACCUUGUCCUCUAUAUUAGGAUGUAGAUUUUAUGAUAUGCUGCUUGUGCAUGUGGUUCUUGAAGAAUCUAUCAGUUGCAAUGAUUAUUGUUAGUCUUGCACCUUGAGAAAUUGCUAUGGUUUGCUUGGUUUUCACUUUCUUCCGUUUAUGCAUUUUAACUUUAAUGUCAUUGUUCUGAUUAUUCACAAUUAGUGGUGCUUUUGGGCCUGCUGUUGCUCCGUCGUUUCUGAGUAAUUGGGGGUACCAAACCAUAUGAUUUGCAUGUCUUUCUUGCAUUGCACUAGUUAAAGCAUCACACUGAAAUUUGGAAAAUAAAUAAGCUAUUAUGCCAGAAUGUGGACUUAGGAA